AUGCCCGAAAAAAAGUCAAGAAAGAAGAAGACACCAUCAGAAGACGUCCGUAAACACUUUGAAAAAGCUACAGAAGUUGAUGGACGUGAUCGAAAAACACCUCGUCAAAAGUGUAAUUAUUGUGGAAAUGACAUUAUUGACUUAAUUGAUCGAUUAAAAGAUCAUUCUAUAGAAUAUAUUUACGUUGAUAAAGCGAAAGCCCAUAGAGAGUUUUAUGGGGAGCUGCAACGCAUUGAAAAUUGUGGGUCUUCGCAAGCCAAACGGGCUAGAGAGCUUUUACAGCAAAAAAAGCUCGAUAUUAAAAAGAUCAGAACGGCAUUUGAUUGUUUAGAAACCAAUGAAAAAAAAAGAACCGAACAUCCCGAACAAGACCUUCUCGAGCUAAAUUUCAAAAGACAAAGAAUCGAUGAUUUUGAAUCAACGAGUACGUUCGGAAUACCGGACUAUAAUUCCGUUUAUAAAUAUUUAAUAGAUAUUAAAAAUUGGUACGGCAAGGACAUCGGGAUACGACCAUGUCCGAUUAAGUAUAUGCGACCGUGGUGGUUUAGGCCCGAUCCGGCUAAAUAUUAAUUUUUAUAAAACUUAAUAGCUUUAAAAUUUUUAAAAUUGGAAAUUCAUGUUGUAAACCGUUUUUAUUAUUU